AUGAGUACCGGCGAAGAUGGUUCCAAAAACGGGCAGCAUAUUACUGAAAAGCAACGAGAGAAGAUUCGAAGUGCGUUAAUAACUCGCCAGGAAGAGAAACUGCAAGAGGCCCUGAAUGAGAUAGAGAGAGUGAAAGGUAACACCAAAGAGAUGCUGGAAUCUGUGAUUUCUACGUGGAAAGAGAAGGCUAAAUUGAGGGAUGGAACUAUCCAGGAAACCCUGGACCGUGAAAGGGCUGGUGAUGUUUAG